AUGGACCGGGAGUUUUCAUCGGUAUCCCGACAAGUUGAAGAGUCACGGCCUCAGGAUGCCACCGGCAUACCGACGACCCUUGGUGAUCGCAUCAGGCAAGAGUUGGAUAUUCCCCGCUUCUUGUGCGACACCAGCCCCUUAGUGGCGUUGCAGAACGACCCGCAACCUCCGCAACCAAGACUGCUUAGAAGUCAAUCAUGCAAGGGAGGUGUAGGAGCCUGGUCAUAUGAAGAAGGCGUCACAUCAUACCAAGAGGAUGUCACAUCUAGACAACUGGAGCCCCGAAGGGUAGAUAUCCCUCAGCGAAGUGGAUACUCUGGACUCUUGCCUCCGAAAGAAUGCCAGGUCGCCCUGGUGGAAAUCUUCUUUUCUCGCAUAUAUCCGCUGUUACCUCUGGUGGAUGAGGAGGACACACGCCAUCAAUUCAACAAUGAUUCUCUACCACUACCGCUUCUUCAGGCUAUAUGCCUUGUCGCAUCAAAGGAUCGAGCUGCGGCAGCUUUUCUUUUCUUGGGAUCGGAUCCGACGUUAUUGCCUCUGAAGGAAUUCGGUCCACGACUCCAGAAAGAUAUCCCGCAGAAUAUGCCCAACAGAAGAGAUGGAAAUAGGGUCCUCAUUAUUAGAAUCCUUGCCAUCUUGUCACUCCAUGAGUGGGGCCCUAAUGGGUCGGAAGAUGCUUCUCUUUCCCUAGCUCAGGCUGUACACCAUGCCCAGUCUAUUGGCUUACAUCUAAGAGGCCCUGAUAGUGAAUCUUCCUUGAAAGCAAAGUCUCUCUUUUGGUGUUUAUGGAGCCUUGACAAGUGGAACUCUGUCGUGGAUGGGAGGCCGGUCUUGAUCCAUGACUAUGACCACGGCCAGAAGGUGACCGAUGUCCUUCCUCUGUUCAAACCACAGUUCCGCAUCUGGUUGCUCAUUGCAGAUCAACUUGGUCGCGUUAUCAGCACUUACAGACCAAGAAUGGAAGGUGCUCGAGAUCAGGUUGCUGAUCUUUAUACGUUCGAAGAAUUUAUCGAAACUUCCGAGGCGUGGGACAUAGAGCCACAACUACUUGAUUCACUUGAGCUGUAUCACUACGCUACCAUCAUCCUUGGCACAUACUCAACCGAGCUUCAAGGCCGCCAGCCAUCACGACUAUCGAAUAUCCACCAAAGCCAGGCAAUCCUAGCUCUCGCGGCGAUCUGUCGAAGAAAGGAUGUCAAAGAGUUUUCCCCAAUGCCUGUAUCGGCUUAUUCACUUUCGCUCGCCUUUUCAAUCACCUAUCGGCAGCUGCAAAGAGCAAAGCUCCAAGGCCAUCGGAUUCUGGCACGGGAGAAUCUUCUCACGUUUCACCAGAGUCUGAAAUCACUCUGUAGCACUUGGUGGCUAGCAGCUGUCAUGGUACGCCUUGGCAAACAUGCACUGGAAAGCUUCCAGCGACCAGUAUUUCAGACUCAAACCGAACCACAAUUACAUGGGGAUGCUUUGGAUGAAGCUCCGAGGACACGACCUCCAUUUAUUCAGAGCACGAAUUUUUCGAAUGUCAAUUACGGCACUCCACAAACACAACCCAACUCCGACACACUUGACAACCUCAACACGCCUCAGGGCAUUCUUGAUACUCCCAAAGACAUCUUGUCUGGAGCACCAUUCUCCUCUGAUUUGGACCAGCUUUUCGAAAACCAUGAUCUGUCGGGUUCUUUCGAAACCUUUUUCGAGAAUUUCUUGGAUGUUAACUUCCCAACUUGUUUGGGCGAGCAAUCCCUUGGAUGCUACGAUGCAUUGAUAUGA